AGCAACUGGGACUUGUUACCUUGCACUGUUUCAGUGAAAAGCACGCGAUCCAACGUGUUUGUAGUACACGUUUUUAAUUUUUGGUUUGUGGUCAAAAGGCUGUUUUCACAGGCAUUUUUUCUGGCGAAGAAAGUUGAUGUUGCUGUUUUAUAGAAACGAAUUUUUAUGUUAAUCACAUUGACGGGCUAGAAAGAUCGCACCUGCCUUUGAAACACCAACAGGCAAUGAAAGGGGAAAUAAUAAACUGCCCCACGCACAAGGAUAUUUACUUUUUGGAAACCAACACGAAAUCCGAGAAUACCAAUCUGGUGAAUUUAUUCGCAUCGCCCGCAGGAAGAGAAAUGUUCAAGUACAAACCAAGACCCAAACUUAAACAGAAACUUAAUCCCGCACUAGAGUUUUUUAUUCAGAGUAAGUCUGCAAAUUCGUCAGGACAAGACACGAGUCAUAAGUCAACAACAACAGUUGAUAAUAAAUGUUCGACGUCUGCUUCUUCGCCAGUUUCGGAAGGCUGCAGGAGUAGGAGAAGUAGUAUAGAUCUCUACGAAGAAGCGGCUUCGAUAUUGGGCCUCACCUGUUCACAGACUGAUGACUGCAAAUGUAUAGAAUGUCAGUGCCAUUACUUCGACUUCGAGGAGGAUAUCGAUUACCCAAGCAGCGAAUGUGUCGUCGAUCACAGUUCGUCUUGUACUAUUCAAUAACGAAUAAAUUAAGGCUGAUUUUACCGCGUUUUUGGUUUUUUAUCGAAGCAUGAUGAAUUUUAAGUGUUCCACGUCUUUCACGUUAUUUUGAAUAUUCUAAAAAAUGAAAUUAUUCUUGUAUAAAAACACUGAUCUGUUUCAAACUAAUAACACACUCGUUGUUUAUGCUAAGAUUGUUCAACUUUUUUAUUGUAAUCGUUUGAGCAAUCUUGGAUACUGUUGUAAAUACUGUUUGUAAACUAUCAACGAUUCUAAAUAUGCUCUGAUUGUUUUAAUAAAGCUUAUUUUCGUCGUU